AUGUAUGUAAAACUAAUCGUCUUGUUCGCACUUUUUGCGGCCUCCAGAGCUAUUUAUCCGUAUUUCGAUACGCAGGACUUCAUUUAUAAUGUGCCGAAAGUCUAUAGGAUAUCAAUAGCGUUGGAUAAGCUGCUAGCCUACUAUGAGAAGAAACCUUCGAAGGAUCCUGAAUGGUAUAUUGCUUUGGGCAUGGCUAGAGGUCAGCUGGAGUACACGAUCAACGAGUUGGACAAGUCAGUGCCGGGCAAAUUAAAGGAGAACCUACAGAACCUGACAAGAAGGAUGGACCGCAUCAGGAACAACACUGACAUGGACAGCUUUGUUUACCGCAGCAAGGACUAUGAAUACGUUUCGAAAGCUAUAUUCGAAAAUCUGGACGUGCUGGCAACGAUCAUGGAACCGAUCACGCUCGGGACCAUGGGCACGCAGAAACCCUACCGGUUUGACUUCGAACAGUACGUGAAGGAAGCAAGGACUAAAAUGCCUACUAGGAAAGCUGCAGAUGCGUGCACCAUGCAACUCCUCAUAUCGGCCAUGGAAACCCAGACGACACAGAAUGAUGGAGCCUGUGAGAUCUCUCCUGAAUGUCACGAGCAGUUGAUGAAGGGCUCCGGUCUAGCUUUCCAGCAGACCAGUCGACUCCGAGUUGCUAUACUCUCUCGCAUUUUCGAUUGUUUAGAACAUAUGGACCUUAGCGCUCAUAUUUACAAGUUAUGCAUACAAAUCUAUAAAGAGACAAAGUCUUUGGAGGCUUGGAAUCACCCGGCUGGCACAAGAACAUUGUUUAUGCAGCAGAUGCUUCUCUGCGCAACGCAAGGGUAUGGAGAAUUUAUUAAGCCUCGUUGGAUGAACAAAGUGAUGGCGUGGCAGGAACCCAAGGGUUGCUACGCUGAUGAUCGGCAACCCUUCUUGAGGCUCACGGGGUUUGUAGGCCCCGCAAGUGUUCCUUCGAAAGAACGGGAGGAGGAGUACCGUGUAAAGAAAGCAGCGAAGUCUGAAGGUGGCACCUGCAACUCUCUCACCUCGGCUAUGGCCCUGGGCUCCCUGGCCAUCUACGUCAGGGCUCUCCUCGAGACGGACCAGGCUUUCCAAUACGAUGUGCUCUAA